UGUGAACUUCUUCAUAGCAGGAGCUGUCUUUUCUCUUCCUUUGUAAUAAAUGCUUGUGGUCUUGAUUUGACUUGGCCAAGUAAAAUUUUUGUUCUCCUCAAAGAUGCAUUUGUACCAGAUUAGUAUUAUAGUUACCAUAUCUCUAUGGUCUGCAAAGUGUUUUACCUGCUUCAGCACCCAUGUUGUUAUGACUUCAGUCUUAUUCAACAUUAAUGUUCCCCUUCCUUUUCACAUUUCCCUCACACAUCACAUAACACUUUGCUUUGCAACUCUAAUGCACUUACCAUGCAGUCAUGUAUAUUAUGGUUAUCUGUGUGGCUUUUCCCUUGCUUAAAUGAGCACUUCAUAAUGCUAGGAGUGGUAUCUUACCUAAAAUGUACAAACCACCCAUGCACUAGCACUUUGUAUAAUACUCUGCAGGCUCUUAAAAUGCCUUUACAUGUUUAUUGAUUGAAUGAAUGAAUGUUUAAAAUGAGGGAAGAGAACCCCACUGAUUAGUAUGUUCUUUUCCCCUGUCUCUAUUGUUGAGUCAUAGAAUUUGACCAAAAUGACCGCUACUCAUUCUAUUGAGCCCUAAAAUUUAUGCCCAUGACAUACAUAAUCCUGGAUCUGCUAUCAUAGGUAUCUGAUCAGGUUGAAGGAUGAAAGGAUUUGAGAGAUAAAGAGGAAGGGAAAAAAAAUAAAAGGAUCAGGCUUUCAGGAGUUCCAAGUCAUUAUUCAUGAUCAGUUAAUCAAUCAAAAAACAUUGACUUAGGAACAAUAUGUCUAACUCUCUGCAGCUAAAAUGAGGCAAUGCUAUUGUGCUGCCUUAAGGAAAUAGAACACAUUUUCAAUGUUUUUUAACUUAUAGGAAGACAGGCUCUUGGCACACAAAGUUAUGGUACUUUUAUAUUAGUCUAGUGAAAGUGAUACCAAAGAUUCAGCUCUUUGGAGCUCAGUAUCUUCCUGUGGACUUGAGUUCAAUGAGGAAUAGAUUUGUCUUCAGCAACUUAUUUUCAAAGUGACCUUGAGGAUGCUGUCUUAAAUUAAAAAAAACAAAAACAAUAACAAUAACAAUAACAAUAACAACCACUCUCAAAUCCUCCCCCCGGCAAAAAAAAAAAAAAAAAAAAAAAAAAAGCAAAAGCAAAAAUAAACAAAACCAACCACUUAGGUUAAUUGCUAUUUCAUUUACCUCUUUGGGAGAUUCUGAGGUUUUGUGCAAACCAGAAUAUAGAGGAAAAUUCAGAAAUGUGUUGUGGUUGGCAGAUAUAUGUAAUAAAAAAGGAGUGCGAAUAAGAUGGCGGGGGAAGCAAUUGUUUGGCCUACUUCACUUAUAUUUUGUUCUUGCUCAACUUUUUUUUUUUCAUGACAAUCAAGGAGGGUAUUGAUAGGCAGAUAGACUUGGUAGCCUUGACAUCUACACAGCUCCUGUGGAAAUCUUUUGUGUAAAGUCCCCAAAAUGUGUAUUGGGAACAUAGGACCUUUAUUAGGGAUCUAACAGGAAUUAAAGAGAAUUUCCUAACUUUACUUCACACCAUUUUUUUUGGGGGGGGAGGGGGCAGCAUACACAGCAAAUUAGUACGAAAAAUAGUCAAAAGAAUAAAAUAAAUCUCAAUGGCAUGGCAACCCAGCUGUGCUUUAUUGAUCAUGGCUAAUUGUACCUGCUCCUAGCCUCAGAUAUAAAAUAAAAGAAUUGUUAAUCUUGUUAGUGUAGAGGCUUUUUAGGGUGAAGCUUUUUAGUCACUGCCCCAUUUCAGAGAACUGAUAGUCUCCCAAAAAUGAUCCUGAAAAGCAAAACCCCAGAAGAUGGUAGUAAAGAAAAGUUUGGCAAUCACGAGAUCAACAAGCGGAGCAGAGACAAGGUAUAUUUAGUAGAAAGUAGAAAUGUGGUAUCUUAUGCAGAAACAAGAUACCAGCAAUUAUGACCUGCCAACCACAGAUUUAUCUUUGGUGAAUUGAAUGGUAAAAAGAACUAAUGCACCUUUAAACUCUGAACAGCAGAAUAAGACCAACAGUGUUUUAUUGAAUUGAAUUCUUUGCUGAUAAUCUCAUAAGUACUAUCUCAGUAAAAUAGCUCCUGAUUCUUCCAUUGGUUUCUGUCUUCUAAUCAUCACCAACCUUAUUUUUUGGCUCCCAGACAAAGCACAAAGAUGAGAUCCUAUAUGUAGGAAGAUAUGUGAAGAUGCUAAGCAAGUCAAUUAAUCAUUCUGAAUUUCAGUUCACUUCUGUAAGUUGAAGGGGUUGGACUCUUCAUAGAAUAAGACAGUUUUACUUUUUUUGUCUAUUUUUGAGUGCUUUAGAUCAAUUUAUAAAUCUUCUUAUAUUAACUUUACUUUUUUCCUGCUCCCAACAGAGAACAGUGUGAAGGAAAAUAUUGUGAAGUACAUGGAAAUACUGGAAGAUAAAUUGCACAGCUCCAGAAGUCAGCUUCUAGAGAGAGUAUGGGAAGCUGAUUUGGAAGCUUGUCAGCUUUUGAUCCAGGGCUUCCAGCUUCAAGAGGUCAGCAGCUGUGUUUCAGGAGGAGAGGAGAUUCGGAGAGACAACUUAGAGAUGGCCAACCCUGCUCCUGCCCUUGCUGCAUCUGUCUCAAGGUCCACUUCAGAGGAUGAACAGAAACCCUUUUGUCAGCUGGAGGAGGAGUGGCAAGCGGUCCUGUACCCCACCAUUCAGUGUGUUGGCUGGGAACAGAAAGAGGAAUCUUACAUUAUGUCUCUAGAACUGAAAGAAAAAUGUGAAGCGAUAAGUGAAAAGUUAUUGUAUUUGGAAGAUCAACUUCAUGCUGCAAUCUAUAGCCAUGAUGAAGGUCUUGUUCAUAUCCUUUUAAUCAUGUAUAGAUUUAACACCUGCCAAGUUCUAACUCCAGAUUUAAAAAAAAGAAAACAACAAAAAAUGAAUCAUGAUCAAUGAGUAAUACAGGAGUUGGAAACAAAUAGAUUUUUCUAUUAUUUUCUAUGGGAGAUACCUCUAAAAUCUUGAAAAUCAAUCACAAAUCCAUCACAGCAGACAAAAUAAGUUCCCUCUUGUUCCAGGUAAGGAAAUAAUAGGAAUUUGGAAUUGUAGAUUCUUCAGGAACUCAGAGGUCAUUCUAUCCAAUCCAUAUCUGAGCUAGAAUCUCAUCUGUUUGUCAUCACUGAUAUGUUUCCAUGUAUCUAUUA